GUGAAGCUGCAUUGCCUCUCAAAACGGAGAGGGUAUACUUUUUAACUGAGGGAAAUAAGUUUCAGAGCGUAUUGCCUCUUUAUAAACUAAGAGUGAGAUAUAAGAGGUUGUUAGAGGUUCAUGGACUGAGGGAGAGUAUAAAGGGUAUGAUUUAAAGACGGCAAUAUCUUUACUAAAAACAAACAGCAAAUACAAAAUUUGUAGGAACAGUACAAGCCCAUUUUCGUCUCAACAUUGACCCUAAAUAUAAUGACCAACAAAUAAGAGCAACGGUAAGCUUACCCAAGGAAUUGGAAUGCCUCUCAAAGUGGCUGUUCUUACUCAAGGGGAACAGUUCGAUGAAGCAAAAAAUGCGGGAGCAGAUUUGGUGGGUGGAGUGGACCUGAUAGAACAGAUAAAAGGAGGAUAUAUGGAAUUUGAUAAAUUGAUUGCUUCUCCUGAUAUGAUGCCUAAGAUUGCUAGUCUAAGUGAAAUUCUGGGGCCAAGGGACCUGAUGCCUAAUCCAAAAGCUGGGACUGUAACAGCCAAUAUUCCUCAGGCUAUAGCAAAAUUCAAGCAAGAAAAGAUUAUAUACAGAGCAGAAACUGGAAUUGUGCAUUUGCCUUUUGGAAAAGCCGACUUUUCGGAGGAGGAACUUCUUGUAAACUUAAUUGCUGCAAUAAAAUCAGUAGAAGCAAGACCCUCUGGUGUUAGAGGUGUCUACUGGAGAAGUGCACACAUAUCAGCAAUGGGACCUUCUAUCAGGUAAACAUCAGACAGAUGCUGGAAGCUUCCAUCUAAUAUCUGAAGUAGGAGUACACCUGUAAAUGCUCGUUUUGCUUCGUUUUAAUAAGCUCCCUGGGUUAGGGCCUCUGAUCUUGCACCAAAUACCUGAUCAGUCAAAAGAUGGCAAGAAGUGACAUAGAGCCCAGGGACGAACAUGGAGAUCCUUUGGUGGUCAUACCUAUGUUGGAAUCCGACCCCAAAAGUAUGCACGCGGGAUAAUUUCUGACCCCAGGGGAGGAUAAUCUUGUAUUUACUUCACCGCUAAUUUAGUGAAUAUUCUUUGUUAUGCCAUCAUCAAGUUAUUAAUCUUUGAAUCUAUGUAUAGGUUUUGACCAUUUUCUUCAGCUUUUUCGCUGCACUCGUCACAAUUGGUGUAGGAAGUUAAACUUGUAUCCUUUUCUUUACCAUUUUGUAUUCCAGUGUUA